UGAGAAACCUCAUCCUCAAAGGAGAUGGCUAGCAAUAUUACCAACAAGACAGAUCCUCAGUCCAUGAAUUCCCGUGUUUUCAUUGGGAAUCUCAAUACUCUGGUGGUCAAGAAGUCUGAUGUGGAGGCCAUAUUUUCAAAGUAUGGCAAAAUUGUGGGUUGCUCUGUGCAUAAGGGCUUUGCCUUUGUCCAGUAUGUUAAUGAAAGAAAUGUCGGAGCUGCUGUAGCUGGAGAGGAUGGCAGAAUGAUCGCCGGCCAGGUUUUACAUAUUAACCUGGCUGCAGAGCCAAAAGUGAACCGAGGAAAAGCAGGUAUGAAACGAUCUGCAGCGGAGAUGUACGGUUCCUCAUUUGACUUGGACUAUGACUUUCAACGGGAUUAUUAUGACAGGAUGUACAGUUACCCAGCACGUGUUCCUCCUCCUCCU